AGGAGGAAGGGACCCAACGCGUCGCCAUCUUUGUCCUCCCCAGCAGAAGAAGCCCUUCCCCCUGGUCUGGUCUGGUCUGGUGGUGCAUCUUCAACAGGAAACCAUCCGACUUUCAUUCACUACAGUGGGGGAAGCUGCUGCUGCUGCCGCUGAACGCUCCGGAGGAUAACAGAGAAGAGAAGAGAAGAGAAGAUGCCCUCACCGAGGACAGUUACCAUUGUGGCCCUUUCAUUCGCUCUGGGUUUAUUCUUCGUGUUCAUGGGGACCAUUAAGCUCACUCCGAGGCUCAGCAAAGAUGCUUACAGUGAGAUGAAAAGGGCGUACAAGAGCUACGCCAAGGCACUGCCAGGCCUGAAGAAGAUCGGCAUCAGCUCAGUCCUGCUUCGUAAGAUCAUCGGCUCUCUGGAGGUGGGCUGCGGCGUGGUGCUCACCCUCGUACCGGGCAGGCCCAAGGACGUGGCCAACUUCCUGCUGCUGCUGGUCAUGCUCGCCGUCUUGUUCUUCCACCAGCUAGUAGGAGACCCCCUGAAACGGUACGCCCACGCUCUAGUCUUUGGAAUUCUGCUGACCUGCCGACUGCUCAUCGCCCGCCAGAGUGAAGACCGGCCGGAGAGAGAGGACAGCAGAGAGGAACAGCACAUCAACGACCAGGAAAAGAACAAGAUCAAGCAGUCUUAAGAUCUUCUACUUUGAUCCAAGCCAACGAAAGGGAACCUGGUGCGCCCCUAUGGAUUGUAGUAAUUAAAAUUUUGAAGGAAUCAGUCACUUCCGGUAAUACCACCCCUCACACCCGUCUCCUGUCCCGUCCAGCUGGCUGACUGAUACUCUCACUUACUCCUCUGCACUCUUACUGUGAAACUGAGAACUCCUGAUCUAUACGUCCUCUACAUAACCGUAGACAAUCAUACCUGUGGAACCUCUCAUGAGCUCAGCUCAUUGUCUAAAUAGUGAAUCCAUUUUCCUUAUUUAUUUUAGUCCUACACUGUGUUAAAUGUAGGGCUGUCCCGAAUACCAUUCGGAGCUUCGGUGAGAAAUAUUCAAAGGUAUUCGAAGCUUUUCCGCUGCUGCACUACUGUACACAC